CGAGGGAGACUGUGGGUGUGUUGGUGCGUGAGAGGAAAAGAGCGAGAAAGCGUAGGGGAGGGAGAGAGGAGAGAAAUAAAAACAGCACAAGAAGGACAGCAGGCAGAGCGGAGGAUUAAAUCCUUCUCCGGCUCCACCAUGUUCCUGCAGACCGUCUCCAUCCUCUUGAUCUCUGCCGUGCUCUUCGGCUGCCUGGAAGGGAAUGGUGUCCAAAUGCAGAGGGACGUUCAGUGUUGUAUGCAGUACUCUCACGGCAAGGUCCGGACCAAAGAUGUGCUGAGGUUUGAGGUGCAGACUGAGGGGCCAGACUGCAGCAUAAAAGCCAUCAUAUUGUACACCAAAAAGGCAGUGAAGUGUGCCGAUCCAAGAGAUAGGAAGGUGAAGAGGUUACUACGGAAACUGUUCCAGAGGCAGGGAGCCAAAGCCCGCAGGACCAUGUGGCUGAAUCUCCCUGUGAUGUCAGAGGUCGCCAUCGUUGAUUCUCAAAAGAUGAACAAGACCAAGUGAAGAGUGAGGAUGAAAAGGUGGUCCAUGAAACUCCAGCCUUCUCUUGUGUGUCACUGUUUUCUUAUACGUGUAAGAAAAUCUACGUAGACUCAUAACGUUCACUACCAAUGUUAUUCAGAUAUAUUGUGAUAUAGACGUCCUCUCAAAUGACUGUUAAUCUAUAUGCCAAAGUAUUCUAAUCUGAGACUGGUUACAAUAAGGUUGUUCAUAAUCUCUGCAGCUAUGUAUAGUCUCUAUUUAUACUCUCUUCUGUAGAGUCCAGUAAACUGAUGUGACUGUUCUCCACCAAUUUAUAGUGCAAUUACAGACUCUUGUGUAUGUUAAAACACAACUGAUUUUUAUAUAUAAAAAUACAUUUAAAACACUUAAAACUGUGUUGUUUUUAUUGAAAGAGACUGGGUCUAUUGGGUAUAUCCUUUUUUAAUAAGAAGAUAUUUGUACAUGGGACAAAAUACCACUAAAUAUUUGUAAAAAUUGUAUUUUAUUAUUUUUUAUGUAUAUAUUUUAUGUAUUUAUCUAAGGUUUUUUGUUGAACUGUGCCAGUAAGUGAACUUUUGUGAACUGUUGUGAUUUUAUUAUUUAGGCCUUUGGU